UAUACGGAACUGAAGUGAAUUAAUUCAUUACAGAGCAAUAUAGAUCGUACACAUCUGUCAUAAACUUACACUCGAUUAAUUGCUGAAUUGUGUUUAUAUGUUGGAGUCAGGAUUAAACGCCUUCUUUUUAUCAUCUGGAAAUAAUAUCACAUCAGUGGAGCAAGUUUGACGUUUAUCGGUGCUCUUUCUACAUGAAUUGAUGAUCUAUUCUGACUACUUCCAGUUCUUGUGAGCCAUUAUGAAAGCUCUGAUUCUUGUUGGUGGCUAUGGCACAAGAUUACGGCCGCUCACCCUCACCGUGCCCAAACCGCUGGUGGAGUUCUGCAACAAACCCAUCCUGCUUCAUCAGGUGGAAGCUCUUGUCAAGGCUGGAGUCAAGCAUGUCAUCUUGGCUGUCAGUUACAUGUCGGAGCUGUUGGAGAGAGAGAUGAGAACUCAGGAGCAAAGACUUGGAAUAAAAAUCUCUCUUUCACAUGAAAAGGAACCUCUAGGCACUGCUGGUCCUCUGGCAUUAGCCCGAGAGCUUUUGACAGACAGCGAGGAACCUUUUUUUGUCCUCAAUAGUGACGUCAUCUGUGAUUUCCCCUUUGAAGACAUGUUGAAGUUUCACCAGCAGCAUGGCAGGGAGGGUACAAUUGUUGUUACUAAAGUGGAAGAGCCAUCUAAGUAUGGUGUGGUUGUUUAUGAAGGGGACACUGGACGGAUACACCGCUUUGUAGAGAAACCGCAAGUGUUCGUUUCCAACAAAAUUAAUGCUGGGAUGUACAUCUUCAGCCCUGCCAUGCUGAGUAGAAUCCAGUUGAGACCAACUUCCAUUGAGAAGGAAAUCUUUCCUGUCAUGGCAGAGGAAGGACACCUUUAUGCCAUGGAGCUGCAAGGGUUCUGGAUGGACAUUGGCCAGCCCAAAGACUUCCUGACAGGCAUGUGCAUGUACUUGCAGUCCGUUCGGCAGCAAGCCCCUGAGAAGCUUCACACCGGACCGGGGUUCCUCGGAAACGUUCUUGUGGACCCAACAGCAGUGCUCGGUAAGAACUGUACCAUCGGGCCGAAUGUGACAAUUGGAGCAGGAGUGGUUUUGGAGGAUGGUGUGAGGAUAAAGCGCUGUACCGUACUAAAGGGGGCGCACAUACGCUCCCACUCUUGGCUGGAGUCAUGCAUCGUGGGAUGGAGUUCAUCAGUGGGACAGUGGGUGCGGAUGGAGAAUGUGACGGUUUUAGGGGAAGAUGUAAUAGUGAAUGACGAACUCUACAUCAACGGUGCCAAUGUUCUGCCACACAAGUCCAUCACAGACUCUGUUCCUGAACCACGCAUCAUCAUGUGAAACAGCCUUACACAGCCCUCACAAAGUGCCCGAGUGUGUGUUUGUCAAUACAACGCUGAUACAAAUGACAAAGAGAGUAUUGGCUGUGAUAGGAUAUCUGGAGCUUUUGAAGUAUGCACCUAUAGAUUGUGGUGUUUAAUGACGAUGAUGCAGGUAGAUAAUAUCUAGAGUAAAUGCUCCCUAGGUAAAGUGUUGCAUUACACGAUUCUGACCUGUUGAGUGCCAUUUUUAAGUCCUCUAUUACUGACAAUAAGAAAACAUGGCACACAAAGACAAGACAAUUAAUGUCUUGUUAAUAACAUUAAAAAUGUUAUUUUUCAAGUUUUUGUACAUUUUGUUGCUUAUGAGGCACUGCUACGCUUUCAGUGUUUGUUCGCUUUGGAAAUGGACCCAUGUACACCAAGCUUUUGUUGGUUUUGUGCCCGUUGAAGGGAUUUAACAUACUAUUAUGUACUGUAUCAGACACAUUAUGCAACACCAGACUAAAAGACUGGAAUCAGUACAAACUGCAUCUCAUGAGAGUUACUGAACAUAAACAUAUGACCUUGUCUAAAGAUUAUGCACAAACAAGGUCAUUUGCAGAAAUGUCACUGAUAUGUCCUUUGCAUUAUGAACCAACAGGAAAAACAGACAUGCAACAAUGCAAUGCUGUAUACACAAAUUGAGGUUUUCUGUCAAAGUAAUAUAAACCUUUCAAACAUCUUGUUGCCUUUUUCUUAUGAGUUGUUCCUAUACAUAAAAGCAGUUUAAGCUUUUUGGGUCAAAAGCAGUUUUGACUAUUUAAAAGUUUUUAAAAUGGCUGGGUCUGAUUCAGGGUAAAUCAUAUCUAAUUCACACAUGUUCAUUACACGAUGAUUGUAAUUAUGAUGAUGCUAAUGUGGGCAACAUCAGAUUCAGUUGGAAUGUUUCAUAUCUUAAAUAUUGGAAUAAACAAUAAUAUCCUGUGCUGUGCAAAUACCACCAGGCUGUACGAUUCAUGUAUCACAGUAUUUACUGUACACUGUCUUCCUUGAAAGUACUUUAAAUAAAUGACUCCUCUA